CCGCUGAGCUGCAGCAAUUCCACCAUGUCACUGUUGUCUCCCCUCGGCCACCAGAGCUUCCCGUUUGACUACGACGAUGGCGACGGGGAGGAUGAGGAAGAGGUGGAGGAAGAUGCUCAGGACUCAGAAGCUGAGGUGGCGAACCCGAGAGCAGUGGAGUUACAGGGGUGCGCCAGCAAUGUGGUUGGACCAGAAAAUAACCAAGAAGAACAGAAACAGGUGUGCCUCCCAGAAAGCCGCCUGACACCAUGGGAAGUGUGGUUUGUUGGCAAAGAAAAAGAAGAGCGUGACCGUCUGCAACAGAAAGCUCUGGAGGAAUUAAAUCAACAGAUAGAAAAAAGGAAAGAAAUGGAAGAACGUGAAAAAAGAAAGGUAAUUGCUGAAGAAAAGCACAAGGAAUGGGUUCAGAAGAAGAACGAACAGAAAAGAAAAGAAAGGGAACAGAAAAUUAAUAAAGAACUGGAGGAAAAAGCAGCAAAGGAGCUGGCGAAAGAACAUUUGCAAGAAAAGGCAAAAGAAAAAUAUCAAGAAUGGUUGAAGAAAAAAAAUGCUGAAGAAUGUGAGAAGAAGAAGAAAGAAAAGGAAAAAGAAAAACAACGGCAAGCUGAAUUACAAGAAAAAAAGGAAAUAGCAGAGAAAAAGUUUAAGGAAUGGUUGGAAAAUGCAAAAAAUAAACCUCGUCCAGCUGCAAAGGGCUACGGUUAUGCCAACGGCAAACUCACAGAUUUUUACAGUGGAAAUUCUUAUCCAGAACCAGCCUUUUAUAACCCAAUUCCAUGGAAACCCAUUCACGUGCCUUCUUCCAAAGAAGCUAAGGACCCAUCAGAAAAGAAGACCAAAAGGCCCGUGAUAAGUCAGCCACACAGGUCAUCGCCUCUGGUGGUUCAGAAAGCCAGAAACAAUCUUUGUCUUGGAACUCUGUGCAGAAUACAAAGAUAGUGGAUAUGGGAAAUUGCAUGGUUUUACCUGGAGCUAUUUAAUUUUAAAAUUAGAAUUUUUUUUUUUUUUACUGCUUAGUCAACAGCUCAACAUUUGAUGUGAUUAUUAACAGGUUCAUCUUUUUGCAUUUUAUAAUGUUGUCCUUAGAGUUGAGGAAGAUGUUUUCUACAUUUUCAUUUUUAUAAGUGCUUCAAGGUUAAUCUUAUAACCUUGAAGUUAUAAGGUUAUAACUUAUUAACCUUAAGUUAUAAGAUAUCUAGAUAUCUAACAAUUGUGUUUAUAUUAUAGCUUGUAUUAAAACUACAUUGUAAUACCAGUAAAACCA